GGGAAUUCUCUGCCCUGCACACUCUCCGAUCUGAAUGACCUGGGCGGUGACUUCGACAUACGACGUAGCCAGGACCUACAUACACAGCACCAGGCUUCAUCCAAGCUGUGCAUCAAGUAGUUAUACCAUGCUUGUUGUAGAGCAAUAACACAACUUCUAUCACUCCCGCAUCAUGUCUGCAGAUCCUCGACGUGCUCGCCUUCAGGCGCGCACACAGACACCGCAACCUGCUCAGUCAACACCACCUCCUCCACCCUCUUCCCCUCCAGCUCCUACUUCUACGGCGACUGCUCCGACAGGACAGAUUCAUUCACAAAUCACCUCUCCGACAGGCCUUGACGGCAGCAUCGACCCUUCCAUACCACCCGCCACAGCCACAGUAACGUCAACGGCCCUAGCUCCCGCUACAGCGCCAUCUCCUUCCCCUGCCACUUCUUCACAAGAUGAAAUUCCUUUUAAACUGAAAUUUUGCACGGUUUGUGCCUCCAACAACAACCGCUCGAUGGAAGCACAUCUACGUCUCUCUACCUCGACGCACCAAUACCCUGUCAUCUCCUUCGGGACUGGCAGCUACGUCCGCCUACCAGGCCCCUCCAUUUCACAACCCCAGGUCUACAAUUUCAACACCACCUCCUACACAAAGAUGUAUGAAGAGCUUAAUGCGCAAGAUCCGCGGCUUUAUCGAAAUAACGGGAUAUUAAACAUGCUUGAUCGGAAUAGGAAGAUUAAAUGGGGACCGGAACGGUUUCACGACUGGGUUGUGGGAGCAGCCAGAAUUGACGCCCUGAAUCGCGGUGACAAAGGCGCGGUGGGAACGGAGGGGGGCGUGGUGGAUGUGAUCUUCACCUGCGAGGAGCGAUGCUGGGACGCCGUGGUGGACAAUCUACUCGAUCGAGGAGCCCCUUUGAAUAGGCCGGUUCAUGUCUUCAACAUCGAUAUUAAGGAUAACCAUGAAGAAGCGCUGGUUGGUGGAGGAGCAAUCCUUGAACUGGCCGAUAGCUUGAACGAGGCUGCCAUCCAGGAGAGACAAAUAAGCGGCACCCAAGGAUGGGAGAAUGGGACCGGGGCGGCGAGGAUGAGCUUUGACGAAAAGGUUCCUGAGAUUCUUGCUAGGUGGCAGGAACGCUGGCCGAAUUUACCGGCAUUGUGGACUCUCUCGUGGUUCUAGAAAGACGAGAUGUCAGUCAGAUCACAGGAUGACAUAUUGACCCAGGGUGGUCCAUCGUGUUUGAUCACUUAGCGAGGCGCUGGAGGAUUUCCGGUCGUGAUAAAAUGCCAUGAAUUCAGAACGCAAUAACAUCUCUG